UUCCUCCGGUACCAACACGACCUUCACACGAACUCAAAUGCGAAGAUUUACUCAAGGUACCCGCACCAGCAGUGGGCCAUUGUAUUAUUCGAAAGCCAAAGGACAUCGAUGAGGGUUUGGAAGGAACUCGGAACUCACGCCCCCGGGGAGAAGGAUUCAACUCUGCCGGCCGCCUACCACCUAAAGUCGUGGACCCUCUGCUCGGACGUAUCAGCGCAAGAGCUAGGAAGACGCGCUGGUCUCGUGCUACGUGGUCUGGACGGCUACAUGGAACCAGGGGAAUUAGUACGAGACUACUGGGAGCCGGCCCGUGCAGACCUCCCUCCCGAUGCGACCAUUCUCUCGGGUUCAAGUGAGUCGAACGUGGUGAUAUGGAUUCAGAUGUUCCGAAUGCCCGAUUUGUGGGCGAUGUGGAAGGUCAUGCUGCGAGACAGUGUGUUCGAACCGACAACAGAAGGCGAGAUCGCGGUGGGCGGAAUCAAGAUCGACCUUGCGAUUCGGCGCAGAGACCUGCUGCCGCCCGUGGCACACGAUAACGUGAACCUGAACCUGAACCUGAACCCCCUUAUUCUUGAUAUGUAUGAAGCAAAAACCGUGGCGGCCUUCAAAACUAUCAUGAGGAGCCUGCCCUGGCCCAACUUCAGCCCCUCCACCAUGGGCACGGUCCAAAUUUAAUUCGAGUGGCCCAUCUGCAAACGGCAGGGCGAGGAUAAGCGAUACUACUACAUUGGACUGGGUGGCGAACCGGUGACAGAUACAUCCGACUUCUGGAAAAGUCUCGUUCAGGUACGCAGCCAUCGCUGGCCAACUGUCUGCGCCCCAGGCCGAUGCGCGAUGCAUGGAUUAGGCACAUACCUACAUGUCAACGACGGAUGUCGACCAGGUCGGAUUGGUUUCUCCCAAUCAUCACGUUCCCAUCGUGCGUUUGGCGCAGAACAAAAUCGUGAUUGGUGUGGAUCCCAAAAACAGACCGUCUCUCCUCCAUGGUACGCCGUCCCCGACCCAAUCUAUGUGGGGCGAAAGUUGUUUCCGACUAUUUCGGCAUCGCUCCGGUGCGCUGCAAGAGGUGUGGGAGUCGAUAGGACCCGACUUGCGGCAGUUGAUUGAGGAACACUUCUCCGACCUGGCCGAAAAAUACCCUCCCACGGCGUACGGGACCCCUUCCUCCCAUCAGCCAAGCAAGGUCCUUAGUCCGAAGACCGCGAAUUCAGGCACCGCAAUGUCUCCGAAGCGGCCGAAAAGCAGCAGGGCCGGGCGUUCGCACUCUACCCCGCCCGAUUUCAAGGCCCCGUUCUCCACUUCCGCUAAGGGCGAACACGAGACGAUUCCAGUGUCUCGGAAACUUCCUUUGACAACCAUCUGGGCAGCUGGGGACGAAGAACAGCAUGGAUCGUUGUUUGUUGGGAAUGAGCUGUACGCCACAUCCGAUGGUAUGGUGCAUGAAGGGACCUGGAACGGGAAGAAAUCGAUAAUCAAGGUUUCAAGAGGGGAAGAAGAACUGGCUGAUCUCAAGGAAGAAGUCGACAUAUAUCGAAGGUUGCAGCCUCUAUGGGGUGUGACCGUUGCCGAACCUACCGGCCUAUUUGAGGAUGACAUGGGAUCGGGGUACCUGGUGCUGGCGUGGUGUGGAGAGUCUGUCUUGGAAGAACCCGGGCUUGUUUCAAAAGAGUUCACUCAGGAGGUCAAAGAGACAGAACAGUCGUAUUUCAAGCUGGGCGUUCGCAAAGAGGACUUGUGGCUGGAUUCUAUCCGGCGAGGCGCUGAUGGCAAGCUCAAAAUGAUGGAUUUUGAGAGCGCCUUGAUGGAUGAUGAGAGCCUCUUGAAGGAUGAUGAGAAUGGCAGCGAUGAAGCGUUCAGGUGGUACUCCCUGCAACGAUGGGAGCGCGUGGUCGGGCGAGCUACCAGGUGGGGGUGAGGAGGGACAUGUUGAGCCUAGAUUGACCUGUACCAUGCGAACAUCUUUCUACACCCGUUAAGUACACAUGCCACACGUAUGCCAUCGGACGUCGCACAAGAUAGUUGGUGGGCCUCAAGCAUCUCCGGUCUUCUGCCUCUCGUCUAUCAAACGAGCACCCGUUGCGCAGACCACAUUCACCUUCCUGGCCUUCUGCGGUCCGUAUUCUCUGCUUCGUCCUCCAAUACUACCUUCUGCCCUGGCCCUCAUCAUCCUCUAUUGGUGGAGCCGACGGUUGAGUCGAGCUCGUCACCUUUGC